UUUGCGACACAUGUUUUUCCUUGACGGCUGACAAGGAAACAACAACAAAUAUGGCAACUGGUACUAACUACUGGGAAGAUUUACGUAAACAGGCCAGACAGCUGGAGAAUGAACUGGACCAGAAGCUGGUCUCCUUCAGUAAGCUGUGCACCAGCAGCAGCAGCCAUGGCCAACGAACAAGAGACAGCCGGUCUGAUUCUUUUGGCCCAUCUCAAGACAGUAUGCUUGUCGCCAUGACUACUGAACUGGAGCAGUUUUUGGCCAAACUUACAGCGGUCAAUGACAAAAUGGCAGAAUACACAAGCACCCCUGGAUCUUCAGCACAUAAUGCAGCAUUAAUGCACACCUUGCAGAGACAUAGAGACAUUUUACAGGACUACACUCAUGAGUUCCACAAAACCAAAAGCAACUUCUUCAGCCUGCGAGAGCGAGAAGAUCUGCUGGGCUCUGUUCACAGGGACAUUGAGUCCUACAAAAGCGGUUCGGGGGUGAAUAACAGAAGGACCGAGCUCUUUCUGAAGGAACAUGAGCAUCUCAGAAAUUCAGACAGGCUUAUUGACAGUGCAAUAAGUAUCGCCAUGGCUACCAAAGAGAACAUCACAUUUCAGCGUGGGAUGCUGAAGUCCAUUCAAACCAGGGUCACAACUUUGGCCAAUCGUUUCCCUUCCAUCAACAGCCUCAUCCAGAAAAUCAAUUUGCGCAAGAGGCGGGACUCUUUAAUUCUUGGUGGGGUGAUUGGCAUAUGCACCAUACUUCUCCUGCUCUACACUUUUCACUGAUCCACUCACAGAUAUUUACUGGAACUCGGACCAAGCAUUGCCAAGAAACUUUAUGCCUUUCAUGUGUUCUUUCUUUAGUUGUAAUUUACUUCAUUUAAAACCAUUUUUAAGAGGAUUUAAUUUGUAUACUUUGUAAAUUCCAGCUUGUUCUCUUGUCAUUUUAAAACCACAAAUGCAUGAACAUAUUUGACAUAUUUUACUGGAAUUGUGUACAACUGAUGGCAUGCUUUUUUAAUUAAAGGUGAUGAGCUCA